GAAACUUCCUCCUUUCAGCCCUCGAGUACGGGUGCACGCGACUUCCCCUGACGUCACCAGUGACACGUGUAUUCAAGAUGGCGGCAGCAGUGGGGCUGCUGUUUGUAAUCCUUGUACAUGUGGCCAGGACUUUCUAUGUACCAGGAGUGGCACCAAUGAACUUCAAUGAAAAUGACGUGGUGGAGAUUAAGGCAGUGAAGCUGACUAGCUCCCGCACCCAGCUGCCCUAUGAAUAUUACUCGCUGCCCUUCUGUCGGCCUUUGCAGAUCGUCUACAAGGCCGAGAACCUGGGUGAAGUACUGCGAGGCGACCGCAUCGUGAACACGCCUUAUAUGGUGCUGAUGAACCAGGAGAAGAGGUGCCAGGUUGUAUGUGAGCAGGCCAGCAAGCUCACCCUGGACCAGAGCAAGCUGAUGGCCGAGCGUAUCCAAGAGGAGUACUACGUCCACCUCAUUGCAGACAACCUCCCCGUGGCUACGCGGCUAGAAUACCCAAACCACGAGGCAGCGGCGGAAGAGGAGCAGAAGAAGGAAGCCAUGAAAGACGUACAGUUUGAGCAUGGUUACAGGCUAGGCUUCACAGAAAACAGCAAGUACUACUUGCACAACCAUCUCUCCUUCAUCCUCUAUUACCACAAGGAAAAGGUGGAUCAGGAAGACGACCACAACUUCAGGGUUGUGCGCUUCGAGGUGGUGCCCCAGAGUGUCAAAGCUGAAGACCUGAAGGCAGAAAGCAGUGGGGUCUGCAACCUGCCUGAUGCCAGUGGCUCUGCACCACAGGAAAUCGACCCUAAGAAGGAGAACGAAGUGCUCUUCACGUACUCUGUCCACUGGGAGGAGAGCUCUAUAAAGUGGGCAUCGCGAUGGGACACCUACCUCACCAUGAGCGACGUGCAGAUCCACUGGUUCUCCAUUGUCAACUCAGUUGUUGUGGUCUUCUUUCUCUCCGGUAUUCUGAGUAUGAUCAUCAUCAGGACCUUGAGGAAGGACAUAGCUAACUACAACAGAGAGGAUGACAUUGAGGACACCAUGGAGGAGUCUGGUUGGAAGAACGUCCAUGGUGAUGUCUUCCGCCCCCCUCAGUAUCCCAUGAUUCUCAGCUCCCUGUUAGGCUCCGGCAUACAGCUCUUCUGCAUGGUCCUCAUCGUCAUAUUUGUGGCCAUGUUGGGGAUGCUGUCUCCUUCCAGUCGUGGUGCCCUGAUGACGACGUCCUGCUUCCUCUUCAUGUUCAUGGGGGUAUUCGGUGGAUACUUUGCUGGCAGAUUGUAUCGCACUCUAAAAGGACACCGUUGGAAGAAGGGCGCCUUCUGUACUGCCACCUUGUACCCCGGAGUGGUUUUUGGGAUUUGCUUCAUUCUUAACUGUUUUAUCUGGGGAGAGCAUUCCUCUGGCGCGGUGCCCUUCAGCACCAUGGUGGCCCUCCUAUGCAUGUGGUUUGGCAUCUCCAUGCCGCUCGUCUACCUUGGAUACUACUUUGGUUUCCGCAAGCAGCCGUAUGACAAUCCCGUACGCACCAAUCAGAUCCCUCGACAGGUGCCGGAGCAACGCUGGUACAUGAACAAGUUUGUGGGAAUCCUGAUGGCUGGGAUUCUGCCCUUUGGAGCCAUGUUCAUCGAGCUCUUCUUCAUCUUCAGUGCUAUAUGGGAGAACCAGUUCUACUACCUGUUUGGGUUCCUCUUUCUCGUCUUCAUCAUCUUGGUGGUGUCCUGCUCUCAGAUCAGCAUCGUUAUGGUCUAUUUUCAGCUAUGUGCUGAGGAUUACCGCUGGUGGUGGAGGACCUUCCUGGUCUCUGGUGGAUCAGCUUUCUACGUGCUAAUCUACGCAGUAUUCUACUUUGUCAACAAGCUGGACAUUGUGGAGUUCAUCCCCUCCUUGCUGUACUUCGGCUACACAGCCCUAAUGGUGCUGUCCUUCUGGCUCCUGACUGGGACGAUCGGAUUUUAUGCUGCUUACAUGUUCAUCCGGAAGAUCUACGCUGCUGUGAAGAUCGACUAAGCUGUCAAGGGCUCAUCAGUGGGGGAGGGAAAUGUUGAGAUUAUUUUCUUCUUCUUGGUUUUUCUUUGUCUUCAGGUUGCAGUUAUAUAUUUUUAAAGCAAGCACUGACUUGUGUGUUUGUGGCAAGAAUGAGGAUGCUUUGGAGUGCCCCAGGAAGGAGAGAACAGAAGUGUCUUGUGGAACAUGAGUUGACCCUUUUCCUCAACUCCCGAAACACAGAGAGUUCUUCUGGACUAGAGACUUUGUCCUCUGUGUUUCCCGUGUUCACUAAUCAUGGGCCAAAAUGUCAGAAUUUCAUUUUAUUUUACUUAUUUUCUUUUCUAAAUCCAUCUUUAUGCUGGACAUUGGUUUAUGAUACCUGUUGUGAACCCGUUUCCUUUAAAAAUUAAGUUAACUUUUUAGGACUUUUUUAUUUUGUAGUUUAGAAGCUGGUAAUUGGCUGUGAGCACAAUUUGUGGUCUUGAUGUGGCGGGUAAUUAUGAAUGGGAUUAUAUAUGACAAUAUCAUGGUAGCCAGGUUAAUCAUUUUUAAAGAUUUGUUACUAUGGACACAAAGUAUUGUAGCACCGGAGUGGCUAAUGACCUCUGACCUGUAAGGAAAUUCCGCAGCUGUACAGUUUUCAAAACUUUUCGAAAGGAAAUGUGUUUUUUUGCUGUUCGUCUUAACACAUUAACUGCAACAGUAUGUAAAAUGUUAUGCAUACCACCAGUGGAUACACUUUGUUGAACUUGUCUCUUGGAGUCUCUGUGGGACUCUGUGGUUUGGCUUAAAGGAUCCAAAUACAAGGGACACUAUGAAUUUGUGCAAUGUGCUUAAUUUUGUUAAUCAGAUUAUGUGUGGUUUGACAGAUUUUUUUCUUAAUUUGAACGUUUCAUAUGUUGAAAACUUUGAUAUUAAACCUAGAUAAAGAAUUAACGUAUUUCUAAUGAGUAAGGGAGAACAGCUCUUUAUAAUGGCUGAAGGACAAGUUGACAUCAGUGGGACAAUAACGCACACUUUAGUGACUAUACAAUUUUCUGCUAUGUUGAGUGCACGGAGAAGACUGGCCAUUUCCACUUGGAUUUACAGUCAAGUAGACCUCAUAGUGUUACUGCAGGAAGCACUCUGCUCAGAAACACUUUCAACGUCUGGUAAUAAAUAGCAAAGCGGUUCUUUAACGAAUGAAUCAAUGAAUGCCAAAAAUAUAACGGACUGACACUCAUUAUUCAUGCUUGUAUGUUCAGCUCUGUAAGCGAAGCUCCUAACUGCAGAUACCAUGGCAAUUAAUGUUGAAUGAAUGUUGAUAUUUCUAGUAUGUUUUGAUACAAUAUUGUUUUUCAUCUGUUAUGAAGUCUAUCCUUAGAACGCUGGUCAUUAGCAUAGCAAAGGUGUUCUCCUUUUAUACUGAAGCUCCUUUGGCAGAAAUCUUGUGUCAUUCACAAAUACAUCAGCCCAGUCCUACCCAGUACGCAGCCAGGCUUUGAGUUGUACCUUGUCCUAUACAUUAAACGGGAAUGUUUACUUG